AAUGAUGAAGAAAGGAUAUUUCACAACUUUAAGCAUGACAAAAUUUGCUUACAUAUUUAAACAAUCAAUAAGCAAAGUUUCAUCAUUCUUACGUCAACAGUCAGAAAAUAAUGCUUGGAAAAAUUAUAGGAUUACUAUGCAAUCAAACAAAUAUUUACACUGCACUAUGGCGUCAAAUUAUUCAUUUCAGAGUCAAAAUCAAAAGGAUUUUAUGGUAGUAGGGGUAGGAAACCAUGACAUGCUUGAAACUAGACACAGUGUGGGUAUGCAGGUCAUCAAUCAGCUAGCCAAUCAGCUGAAAGUAUCUUGGACCAAUGAAAGGAAGACUUGUCAAGGCUUUGUAGCUAUUCAUACCUUUGAAAAUCAGCAAAGAUGUAUUCUUCUAAAACCAAAAGUAGCCAUGAAUAUUAAUGGAAGAAGCGUUCAAAAAGCAGUCAAACACUAUGGUAUACUUCCUGAAAAUGUCUAUCUGAUACAUGAUGAACUUGAUAAAGCUGUUGGAAAAUUUGGUUUUAAAUAUGGAGGCAGUGCAAGGGGACAUAAAGGUAUUCGUUCAGUCCAACAGUCUUUACAGUCAGAGGAUAUUCCAAGGUUGUGGAUUGGAAUAGAUAGACCUGUCUCCAAGGCUGAAGUAGCAGAUUAUGUUCUUAGAAAGUUUAAUGCUGAUGAAAGGAAGGAUAUUAGUCAUUCUUUAGAUAAUUGUAUUCAAGCCCUAAAUAAUGAAUUUCAAAAGCAGUUUGGUGUGAAGAUGCUAGAUACUACAUAAUGAAAACAUUAUAUGGUUUUGCAAAUAGACCAAAAAGAGGUUCAAAAGAUAGACUUGAAACCUAAAAACAGGUUCUAAAGAUAGACUUGAAACCUAAAAACAGGUUCUAAAGAUAGACUUGAAACCUAAAAACAGGUUCUAAAGAUAGACUUGAAACUUAAAGAGACUGCAGACUGGUUCUGCAGAUAGACUGGUAACCUAAAGAGACUGCAGACUGGUAACAUAAAGAGACUGCAGACUGGUAACAUAAAGAGACUGCAGACUGGUAACAUAAAGAGACCGCAGACAGAUUCUGCAGAUAGACUGCCAACAUAAGGACACUGGAGAUAUAAGAGUCCUUAUAUAUUAAAUUAAAAACUAUUGUCAAAGAAUAAAGCAUAACUAAAUAGCA